CCAAUGAGUCCCCACCCCUGUCAGGGCGUGUCCUGCCCUUUUGUGUCAAACCCAGCAGCGCUCGUGAUCAGCCUCCACGCCACACUCGGGAGCAGCGGACGCCACGGCCUGUGGAGCAGCGCAUAAUCAUCUGUUUGGGUACCUUGACGUUAAAAUAUUAACUGAAUACUAUGGCAAAGGCUGGAAACCGGGGCACAAUCAAGGCGGCCUUGGGCUUCAGUGCUGAGGAAGAUGCACAGAAACUAAGGAAGGCCAUGAAGGGGCUUGGUACUGAUGAAGAUGCCAUCAUCGAUAUCGUGGCCAAGAGGAGCGCAUCCCAACGUCAGCAAAUUUUAAUCACCUAUAAAUCCACUAUUGGCAGGGAUUUGAUUGGCGAUUUGAAGUCUGAGCUGAGUGGGAAUUUUGAGAAGGUGAUAAUUGGACUGAUGACUUCCAUCACACUGUACGAUGUGCAGGAACUGAAGAGGGCCAUGAAGGGUGCGGGGACAGAUGAGGGCUGCCUGAUUGAAAUUCUAGCUUCUCGUUCCAGUGAAGAAAUCCAGCGCAUUAACGAGACCUACCAUCGUCAAUAUGGAACUACCCUUGAAAAGGACAUUGUCUCAGAUACAUCUUCCAUGUUCCGCCGCGUGCUGGUGUCUCUAGCUACAGGAAACAGGGACCAGGGAAACUAUGUGGAUGCAGGCCUUGCUCAGCAAGAUGCCCAGUGCUUGUAUGAAGCCGGAGAGAAGAAAUGGGGGACAAAUGAGGGACAAUUCCUGACUAUCCUCUGUUCAAGAAACACAAAUCACUUAUUAAAGGUCUUUGAUGAAUACAGAAGGAUUGCUAAGAAGGACAUUACAGAAAGCAUUAAAUCUGAGAUGUCAGGGGACCUUGAAGAUGCCUUGUUAGCUGUGGUAAAAUGCAUAAGGAAUAAGCAUGCAUACUUUGCUGAAAGAUUAUAUGGUUCGAUGAAGGGUUUAGGGACGGAUGAUGAUACACUCAUUCGAGUGAUGGUGUCGCGCUGUGAAAUUGACAUGUUGGAUAUCAGGCAUGAAUUCAAGAGGAUGUACGGGAAAUCUCUCUACUCCUUCAUCCAGGGAGACACUUCAGGAGACUAUAGAAAAGUCUUACUCUUGCUCUGUGGUGGUGAAGACUAAACCAUGUGCAAUUUGUUGGAGGGGAGUAGAAAUAGAUCACAAGAUUUAUUUUUUUUCAAAUAGCUUUAGAUAGUGCUAUUAGAAUUGACUUAGGCUAGUCAAUGCCAGUUGCCUCCUAUUAUAUGCUUUUAUUGCUUAGAAUAUGCAAUGGUGCAUUAAUUGUGUCAUCAGAGCCAGAAAUGCCUUUACUAGAACUGCCUGACUGAAUUACUUCUCCCAGCAGGCUUUGGAAAGACUUCUUGAAGCCAUGUUUGCAGAAACAGGAGCACUAGAUGUGUUUUAGAGGCUCCAGACUCCAUUCUACAGUUGGAUUAUCUGUGCUAGAGAACAGCAUCUUGCUGCAAAAAUGGAAGCGAUGGCUACCGUCAAUCUUAGACUCUGAGCAAGGUUCUGUUAAGUGAGCACGCAAUUCGCUUCCCAUUACCAAGCUCACAUCUGUGUUGCCAUACAGUGUAAUUGCAUGGGUGUAACAGAGGGCCGGAUUCUGCCCGCUCAUACAAUCCUUACAAAAUAGGUGGAAAUGAGGGGAGAGUUUAACCAAAGCCUUUAAUGCUACUGUAACUUGAUCUAUCUCCAUCCACUACAUGAAUAAUUCCAGAAGCCUUGUGACAUCCCAUUGCCAUUGAACUUACUGACCAGCUGAGGUGGGCUUAGGCACAGAAUGUAUAAGACCCUGCACAGGAAAAUAUUAACACCGUCCAUGUGGGAAAAGUACAGAAAACAAGCUUUAUUUCUCUGACUGUAUUCCAACAUACAGAAAACCAUUAGUCUAAAACGCAAGGCGUGUCUAGAUCGAAACGUGACCUUUGUUAGAAGCAAACUAUCAACAUUCCUCAUCACUAUGGCUAUGUGUGUAUGUAAAUCAGAAGAUAGGAGCAGGAUAUAAUUCACAAGUAGCAAAUUAGAAAUUCCAGUAGCCUUUGGCCUAGUCUACCACACACACAUUUUGUAUUAAUAUAAAUGUUGGUUAAGGGUGUGACUUAAUAUAGUUACACUAGUAUGUCCUCUACUGUGGAUGCAGUUAUAAUAGUAUAAAGGUGCUCUGUGCUGGAAUAGCUUAUUUCCCUUUCCGGACAGUAACUGCAUCCACCAAGUUAUGCGCCUUUAACUACACAGUAUAGUAAAAGCAGUACAACUUUUGUGCAUAGACAAGGCCUUGCACUUAAUGGCUUUUCUAGAGUGAGCUGGUUGAAAGAAGCCAUUCUGUUCAGAAACCUAAUCCACAUUCUGUGUGUUUUACAGUGGAAUAACAAAUGCACCUUAGCUUUCCCUGUCCUAUAGUAAAUUCCUUAUGGAGCUCAGGUACUGGGCUGUUAGGCCACAUCUAUAUGUACAGCACUGCAAGGCACGGCUAUGUUCUGCAGCAUGUCUGGUGAAAAUACUCUAUGCUGAUGGCAGAGAGCUCUCCCAUUGGCAUAAAAAACCCACCUCUGUGAGUGGCAGAAAUUAUGCUGGCGGGAGAAGCUUAUCCCACUUUGUUGAUAUAACUUAUGUUGCUCUGGGGGGUGGUUUAUUCACGCCCUUGAGACAUGAGUUAUGCCGACAUAGCUGUAGUGUAGACAUAGCCUUUAGUGUGAGUUAAAUAAAGGGAGGCCACAUGUGGGCAGAGGUAUAGUGCUAAUCUCAUCUACGUCAUGGUCAAAAGUAGUGUCUUAUCUCUACUACAAUUUUAUAGUAGGAUAGGGCUAGCUCACUAGUUGUCCUGCUGUUUUGAAAACCAACAACCCCAAAACACUUUUUGUAGAACAGUCAUAGCUUGAGUGCUGCAGUAAUAGUUUUCAGAAGGAAGCAGUGGGGGCUGAGCAUGGAAAUAGAAGGCAGGACCUACGGUGUUGUAAACCCAACUUUGCCACUCGCUUUGCUCCCAUUGACUUGGCCAGGUGCAAAACUGGAACUUCUCUCUGGCCUCGGACAAGUCACUUUGCCUCUGUGUUCUGUUGUCUUUUAUGUUCCCUUCUUCGCAGGAGGGUUGUUGGCAGUAAGUCUAAGCACUGCAACAAUCUGCUGCUCAGUAAGAAGAAACCUCUCAGCCUUAUCACUACAGCAGGUUCACACUUGCCCUCUGGCUUUACCACAAAAAUGGCUCUCUGGCCAGUGCUCACUUUUUCAAUGUAAUAAACCAAUCAUUUCUUUA